AUGAGCAACAAUCAAGAAUGCGCUAGUGCCGUUCAAUGGCCACAGGUCCAUUUUCAAGACCAAGAGACCCAAUACGAUCUUCUCAAUGAGAUGGUUGAUGUGCAGAUGCUGCAGCAAUCCUUUGUUUGCGACCCACUCGGGUUUUCAAAUGACCCAGACGCAUGGGCGUUCGAGAAUCAAAUGAAUUUCGGUAGCCCACUAGGACUACCCAAGGAUUAUGAUCAGCAAUGGCAGCUCUGGAAUCAGGCAAACCUUGUUAAUCCAGAAGGCGACGAGGGAUUAUUCAUGACAAGAUUCUUGAACAACAACGGCGACAUACAAACUAUGCAACAUCCAGACGAAGCACAGAAACAACAAGGCUUCUCGCGUUUGGCAGCAGAGAGAGCUCUCUUCAUGACUCCUCUGACCCAAGCGACAUCUACCUCUACCUUUCCAGGUUCCCCAUUAUCCGACCUCUCCAGUACAACGGAAUUCAGCCACAUCACAUAUAACCAGUGGGAGGUUGACCGAGACCGUGACGAAUUCCGCUCCCCUAUCUCAGAUUCUAUGUCUGAUGUUCACUCUGGGACACAGAAUCGCAGUGGACCUAGUUGGUCGACUACCUGCCAUCCCCUCACAACCGACAAUGACUACCCUGCAGUUCUGGAGAUGCCCGACGGAUCCACUCGCAGGAACAGCAACUGGCUUCCGGUAGAUCCAAAUGCUGGCUUCACAAUUGGAUCAUGCUCAUAUUCAGAUGGUCGGAAUCCAAAAGAGUGCUUCGCCCCAGAGGACAUUCAUGAUAUUCAGGACGCUUUCAUCUCUCAUGGCUCUGCUCAAUGGAUGUAUGAUGGAUGA